AUGAAGUUCAAGCUUAAACUUUCAUCAGAGCUUGCUCGUGAACUUGGGGUGUCCGCCUUCGUGUUCCAACAGGAGUUCAGUUUCCAGAACACGCUCCUCCAGUCGGUUACCGCGGAGGGUCUAUACGACCAUCUGGAUGACCACGAUCACAACACAACCACCUGCGCUGCUUCAAGAAGUCCCACUCCCUCAUCUGAUCACGAACGGUCCUCUCUAUCUUCUCCCCUCUCCUCUCUGCCACUCUCGCCUUCCCCACAGUCGCAAAACGUAUGGCCGGCAGAACCUACGCAUAUGAAACUUAGCGGGGUGAAAAAGCGGAAGCUAGCCCGCUCAAAGGGCUCUAGCAAGAAGAAUCGGAAGAAGAAACGGGUGGAAACGGUCUCGAACCAAGCUUUGGACAUCCGCUCACGGGUAGACCCUCUGAAUCGCUUUGCUGGGGGUUCUGGCUUGAACACAAGAUUCUCGAUGGAUGGAGCUCCGGUAGCUUCUACUGCGUACGUUGGUCUUUGGGAUGAGGGCCUCGAAGGUGAAGGUAGAACGUGGUGGCUGAGGGAGCUCGUCGGCCCAGACAUAAACGAGAGCUUUCAGCUCAUCAAGGCUAAAGCAGGCACCACCAUACCACUCAUUGACUCCGACGACCGAGUUUAUGGCUUGGUCGUCUACCCAUCCGACCCCUCCGUUAAAAACUGCGCAGAAGAAGCCGCCGUUCUUAUUCAGCAAGAACGAAAAAACUGCAGCUUUUCUGCUGAACAGCGUGAACACCGUGAACACCGCAGGGGUUCGUUUCCAGCUUUAUCCACCGGGGUCUCACACGGUAACGGUCGCACGCAUCCUCAGAACAUUGUACACAACAAGGCAAAUACUUCGGUUCUUGAACGACUCACUGCCUCUGAACCCUUCAAACGCCUUUCUGGUUUUGCAACUGGUGUUUUCAAGACGCCUGAGGCGUUGAGCUCGAAGGGGACCACAGAAAUGAAGGAGAAUCGACGGCCCCUUGGAGGAACAGCCCACGGAGUUGUACUCGGUGGGACUGAAUGA